GCUGUCUCCGGUCCUGUGGAGCGGGGAUCGGGCUGUCUCCGGUCCUGUGGAGCGGGGAUCGGGCUGUCUCCGGUCCCGUGGAGCUGGGAUCGGGCUGUCUCCGGUCCUGUGGAGCUGGGAUCGGGCUGUCUUCGGUCCUGUGGAGCUGGGAUCGGGCUGUCUUCGUGCGUAAAGCCGUCAGCUGACCGCGGCGGCGGGAGGCAGAGGUCUGGAGUCAGCUGACAGGACCUUCUCCCUGCUUGCUCAGCUUUCCGGCUGCGGAGGAGGAGGAGGAGGAAGUGGCCGAGAGGUUUUCCUCCUGCCGGUCUGUCUCAGUCUGCUGACCGGGAGGAAGUGCACAUCGGACCCGCGCAGCGGCGUAAAGACGCGCCCUCGUGUCCCGUCUGCGGUCCCGGUGUCAGACACACCCCGCUCCCGCCAGAUCGCAGCAGGAAGUCGGAUGCUGGUGGACUCGCUCGGCUCUUCCCUCCGCUUCUCGGACCGGCAUGCCGUCUCUGGAGCAGCUGGAGCGCGCCCUGGAGCGCGCGGGGCAGCGCCACGUCCUGCGCUUCUGGCCCGAGCUGAGCGAGCAGGAGAGGGACGGCCUCCUGCGGGAGCUGGCCCACCUGGACCUGGACGGGCUCAGGGACCACUGUGAGGGCGCCGCCAGGGCCGCAGCCUCCCCGGGACCCGGUCCAGACCUGCACAUCGAGCCGGUUCCCCAGCAGAGCCUGGGCAGCGUGAGGAGGAGCGGCAGAGAGGCGCUGGAGGGCUGGGAGCGGGAGGGCCUGCUGCAGAUCUCGGAGGGCCGGGUCGGGGUCCUGCUCCUGGCUGGAGGUCAGGGCACCCGUCUGGGCGUUCAGUACCCUAAAGGCAUGUACGACGUGGGGCUGCCCAGCGGGAAGACCCUGUACCAGAUCCAGGCGGAGCGCAUCCUGAAAGUCCAGGAGCUGGCAGGGCGCCAGGGGGGCUCCAGCUGCACCGUGCCCUGGUACAUCAUGACCAGCGAGUUCACGCUGGGCCCCACGCGCAAGUUCUUCGAGGAGAACCGGUACUUCGGUCUGGAGCCGUCGAACGUCGUCAUGUUCGAGCAGAGGAUGAUCCCGGCCGUGACCUUCGAGGGAAAGGUCAUCCUGCAGGACAAAGGGAAGAUCGCCAUGGCCCCAGAUGGGAACGGGGGGCUGUACCAGGCCCUGCUGGACAACAAGGUGCUGGAGGACAUGCGGGGGAGGGGCGUCCAGUACCUGCACGUCUACUGUGUGGACAACAUCCUGGUCAAGCUGGCCGACCCCGUGUUCAUCGGCUUCUGUGUGAGCAAAGGAGCGGACUGCGGGGCCAAGGUGGUGGAGAAGGCGUAUCCCGCGGAGCCGGUGGGCGUGGUCUGCAGAGUGGGGGGCGUGGCCCAGGUGGUGGAGUACAGCGAGAUCCGGCCGGAGACCGCCGAGCUCCGGGGCCCCGGAGGGGACCUGGUCUACAGCGCCGGCAACAUCUGCAACCACUUCUUCACCACGAGCUUCCUGCAGGACGUGGCAGAGAAGUGGAACGGCCAGCUGAAGCAACACGUCGCCAUCAAGAAGGUUCCCUUCGUGGACGCUGGAGGUCAUCGGGUCAAACCCUCCCAACCCAACGCCAUCAAGAUGGAGAAGUUUGUCUUCGAUGUCUUUCCCUUCUCCAGGAACUUGGUCGUGUUCGAGGUUCUCAGGGAGGACGAGUUCUCGCCCCUGAAGAACGCCGACGGCGCAGCGACAGACAGUCCAACCACAGCCAGGAACUCCCUGCUGGCUCAGCACUGCCGCUGGGCCCGGCGCGCCGGCGCCGCCCUGCUGGACGAGCACGGGAAUACGCUUCCUCCAGCCAGCAGCGACUCGGCAGGCGUCCAGCCUCCAGCGCAGGUGGAGAUUUCACCGCUGGUCUCUUACUUUGGAGAGGGCCUGGAGCAGCUGCUGAGCGGGAGGACGCUGAAGGUUCCCUUCAUUCUGGAUGCUGAGAGAGCCAAAGAGCUGCAGGCUCAGUAGCUCGGGGCGCGGCGACGGCAGCAGGCUGAGCAGCACGGCAGAGAGGGAACUUCAGCACAGCUGCUCCCAAUAAGAAGCGUUUGCUUUCUACCCUGAACGCAGAAUGUUUCACUGAGCCGUGUGAGAUCAGUCAUAUCAGACUCAGCCCGCGGUCCUGCCGCUGUGUGAAGCUGCACUGCGAUCGAUCCAAUUAGAAACAAAUGAAGGGAGGAAUAAGUCCAGGGAAUUUCUAUGAAAUUGUUUUGAUUUACCAAAUUUACAAUAAAAAAUACCU